AUGGAUGCCGAAGCUCGAAAUAGCUCUGCAAGAGAUAACCAAUUCUUCGAAAAUGCAAUGAGGCAACCCAGGACGGUCCAAGCAUCCGAAACAAUAAACCAGGAACAGCCUGACGACAUCAUAGCCCAUCAGGGUUUAUGCUCCUAUUCAGGAGAGAAUCUUCCGUUGUCUAUCGAGCCGGAUAUGAUAUCAAGACUAAGCACACUUAGCCAGGCUGAAAUCGAUUUCUCGCGUCUCGAUGCAACUGAUGCUAAUUUCGACUUUCAUAAGUGGGCCUCAGAGACAUUGUCAAAGGCAGAUAAGUCGAAGUUCAAGUAUCGACGCGCCUCUGUUGCGUUCCUUGAUCUCGAUGUCUUCGGUUCAACUUCUGUGGGGAGGCCUACUCAAGCCACUGUCGCUUCUGUACUAGGUUUUAUCAAAAAUCUGCGGCAUUAUUUCAACAUCGGAAGACAUUUAGAACGUAAGAUUCUGUCUUCUUUCGACGGCCUUAUCAAACACGGGGAGAUGCUACUGGUCCUUGGACGUCCUGGUAGCGGCUGUUCCACACUACUCAAGACAAUUGCUGGAGAAAUGGGGGGAUUGAAAGUCGGCCCAUACUCUUAUCUUCGUUAUAACGGCCUUCCUCAAGGAAGGAUGGUGAGCCAAUUCAAAGGUGAAAUGGUGUACAACGCAGAAGUCGACCAUCACUUCCCGCACCUUACAGUCAAGCAGACUCUAGAGUUUGCUGCCACGGUUCGUACGCCUUCUAAUCGAAUCAUCGCAGCGUCACGAAAAGAGAAUAUCAGACGACUCACAUCAAUCGUGAUGGCGAUCUGCGGACUGACCCAUACGCGCAACACAAAAGUCGGAAAUGAUUAUAUAAGGGGCGUUUCUGGCGGAGAGAGAAAACGCGUCAGUAUCGCUGAAACGAUGCUAGCAUGGUCUCCUAUUGGAUGUUGGGAUAAUAGCACUCGUGGUCUUGAUUCUGCUACUGCACUCGAAUUCGUUCGAACACUAAAAGUUAGUUCCGAUCUUCUCGGUACAAGCCAUGUGGUAGCUAUCUAUCAAGCCUCCCAAGCUAUAUAUGAUAUUUUCGACAAGGUCAUAGUCCUAUACGAAGGCCGGGAAAUCUACUUCGGAAGCACAACGAACGCCAAAGCCUACUUUGAGGAAAUGGGCUGGUACUGUCCUCAGCGGCAGACAACCGGCGACUUCCUAACCGCUAUCACGAACCAUAGAGAGAGGAAGCCGCGUGCCGGGUACGAGCUGAGCGCACCACGAACUGCCCAAGAAUUCGAGAACUAUUGGCGACAGUCUCCCGAAUUUAAGAGGCUUCAGGAUGAACUUGAUGCUUAUCGCCGCGAUCCAUCGAAUCAAGUCUUCGCUGAAGAGCUUCAAGUAUCACACAAAGCAGCACAGUCAAAAUGGAUCCGGGCGCAAUCCCCGUAUAUGGUGAACUUUGCCAUGCAAGUUCAGGUCUGUACGAAACGCGCAUAUCAGAGACUCUGGAACGACAAACCGUCGACCUUGACUGUGGUAAUCGGACAAGUUAUCAUGGCAUUGGUUGUUGGAUCCGUCUUCUACGGUACACCGAAUACGACGGCCAGCUUCUUUGCGAGAGGUUCGACCUUAUUUUUUGCCACUUUACUAAGCGCGCUCAUCGCAGUAACCGAAAUUAACGCCUUGUAUCAACAGAGACCUAUCGUAGAGAAACAUGUCUCCUACGCCUUCUGCCGUCCUGCUUCUGAAGCACUUGCGGGUGUAAUAUGCGAUGCGCCGGUUAAGAUUGUUAUUGCCAUUUUAUUCAACAUCAUUCUCUACUUCCUCGCUGGGCUCUCUUCGACAGCUUCGCAAUUCUUCAUCUUCUUUUUAUUCACAACGUUAGUUCGAUUUACUAUGUCGGCAAUGUUUCGAACACUAGCAGCGGCGACGAGAAAAGCCUCCCAGGCGUUAGCUCUAGCGGGGAUUUUAGUCCUUAUCAUAGUCAUUUACACAGGCUAUACUAUCCCGAGGCCGUACAUGCGUCCAUGGUUCAAAUGGCUGACGUGGAUCAACCCGUUAUCUUAUGCCUUCGAAGCUCUGAUGGUCAACGAAUUUCAUGGGAGGGAAUUUCCAUGCGCAAACUUGGUCCCAGCUUAUCCAAAUCAGAGUGGCACGACAUUCGUGUGCUCCGUGCCGGGCUCCAUUGCUGGCCAAGCAACGGUAUCUGGCGACGCAUACGUCCAAGCAAGUUUUCAGUACAAUUAUUCGCACCUCUGGCGAAAUUUUGGAAUUGGAAUUUCGUUCUAUGUGUUUUUCCUCAUCACAUAUCUCGUUGCAACUGAGCUUAAUUCAGCCACUUCGGGCACAGCUGAAGUGCUACAUUUCAUUAGUGGUAACCGAAAAGCAUCAGUCUCAAGCUCACUCGAGCAAGAUACUUCCGAAGAACAACCCUCAUUAAAGGGCAACUAUCAGCAAGGAAACCCAGCCGUACCACAGCAGAGAGAUGUUUUUAGUUGGGGCAGUAUUUGUUACGAUGUCAGCAUUAAAGACGAGCCGAGAAGACUCCUAGACAAUGUUUGCGGCUGGGUUAAACCAGGUACAUUGACCGCACUAAUGGGCGUGUCUGGUGCAGGGAAGACGACUCUUCUCGACGUCCUGGCGCAAAGGACGUCUACCGGGAUCAUUACUGGAGAUAUGUUGGUGAACGGUGCGCCAAUUGAUCGAAGCUUUCAGCGCAAGUCUGGAUAUGUUCAGCAGCAAGACGUACAUCUCGCAACUUCGACUGUUCGAGAAGCACUGCGAUUUAGUGCUGCGCUGCGGCAGACUCGAUCUGUAUCUCUUCACGACAAAUACAGUCAUGUGGAAGACGUCAUUAAAAUGCUUGAUAUGGAAGAGUUCGCUGAUGCAGUUAUUGGGGCGCCAGGGGAAGGACUGAAUGUCGAACAGAGGAAACUACUAACAAUAGGAGUUGAGUUAGCGGCGAAGCCAGCACUUCUGCUCUUCCUAGAUGAGCCAACCAGCGGGCUCGACUCGCAAAGUUCUUGGGCUAUUGUUUGCUUACUCCGGAAGCUUGCAAAUUAUGGCCAAGCAAUACUCUGCACUAUACAUCAGCCGAGCUCAAUUUUGUUCGAAAAGUUCGACAAACUACUUUUCUUGGCAAAAGGGGGAAAGACAGUUUACUUCGGCGACAUCGGACCUAAUUCAGAGAUACUUCUCAGGUAUUUCGAGAGUCGAGGAGCUAGGCCUUGUUUGCAGACGGAGAAUCCGGCAGAGUACAUUCUUGAAACCGUUUCCGCUGCAAGCGGGAAACCUUAUCAGGAUUGGCCCGAGCUCUGGAAGUCCAGUCAGGAGUAUCGGGCGGUGGUCGAAGAAUUGGAUCGAAUUCACCUAGUCGGCAGUAGUGCUACCGCAGGAAAUGAGGAGCAAGACGAAUUUGCCAUGCCUCUGCUGACGCAGAUCAAGCUCACUACUAUCCGAGUCUUUCAACAGUAUUGGCGGACACCUUCUUAUAUCUGGGGAAAGACUUCGCUUGGAUUGGUGUCUGCUCUCUUCAUCGGAUUCUCGUUCUUCCAAUCUAACUCAUCCCUGCAAGGGAUGCAGAAUACGAUAUUCAGCGUUUUCAUGCUAGCAUCGAUCCUCAAUCCACUGGUCCAGCAGAUUAUGCCUCGCUUCGUGAUGCAACGAUCCCUGUAUGAGGUUCGGGAACGACCUUCCAAGAUCUACUCGUGGGUUGCUUUCGUUAUGGCCAAUAUUGCUGUCGAAACAGUAUAUCAAGUGCUCCUCGGUAUCUUAGUGUUUGCUUGUUACUACUAUCCAGUCUUCGGUGUACAGUCAUCCCAGCGUCAGGGUCUAAUGCUCCUCUACUGCGUUGAGACCUUUGUCUUUGCUAGUACCUUCGCGCAUAUGAUAAUCGCGGCCCUCCCAGAUACUCAAACUGCUGCUGCCCUAGCAACACUGUUGUUCUCUAUGACAAUGAUCUUCAAUGGUGUUUUCCAGCCACCACAAGCAUUGCCAGGGUUCUGGAUCUUCAUGUAUCGUGUCAGCCCUUUGACAUACAUCAUCGGCGGAUUUGCGGCUACCGGACUGCACGGCAAGCACGUCCAAUGCUCAUCGGCCGAAAUGAACGUCUUCAAUCCUCCUAGUGGUCAAACCUGUGGUCAGUACCUCAAGGUAUAUAUGGCGACUGCCUCCGGUGAAGUGUACAAUCCAUCCGCCACAGUCGACUGUCAAUACUGCCCGUUGACGACCUCAGAUCAGUUUCUUGCUCUCUCAUCAAUCUCGUGGGGCACGAGGUGGCGCAAUUUUGGAAUCAUCUGGGCCUACGUCUGCUUCAACGUCAUUCUGACAAUGGCAUUCUACUAUGCCUUCCGGGUUAAGAAGUGGGAUUUUACACAUCGUAAGAAGCGUUGGUCUCGUCUAGGUACAUGGGCGACGAUAGCUGGGAGAAUUACCAAAACGUUGGUGUUGGGUGCAGUCGGUCGAAUUAUCUAUUGGUAG